AUGGCCUACAUUUUAGCAGUCACACCUCUCCUCUCUAUUCCGUGGAAGAUUUUGAUGGGAUACAUUGCUGACCGUACGCAAAGCAUAACUAAAAUCUUGCUGACUCUUCAAUUGGUUGCAGUUCUAUUCUACGGCUUUCUCUACUUCAGUGAUUUUAUGAUCAAAACGGCCGAACCAAACGGGGAGGUAUCAUGCCCAGAAAGAAACGUAACGAUUUUCAACUCAAUCUCUGUGUGCGUCCAACCGCCGGAGAAGUGUUUCGUCUCGUGUCCAACGUAUACCACCGAAUUCACCGAGAUCGAUGUAAGCUACAUUUUUCAGAACGCUUCCACCAUUUGCCACACUCUCUGGAAUGGCACAUCUGGUUACCACAGCAGCGCCUGUCAGUUCAAGUGCUCUUGCCAAGCAGGUUUGACAGAUCAACGAGUUGUGUGGUUCUAUGCCGUGUUUCAUGCCCUCGCGUCGUUGUGUUUGGGGGCUGUGGUUGUUAUAUCUGACGCCGGCGUUUCAGAGAUACUGGGUGAAAAUGUGAGGGACUUCGGAUGGCAGCGAAUGGGAGGGGCAAUCGGUAUGGGUGCCGCUGGUCCUAUCGUGGGAGCAUUAAUUGAUGCAGCCAACCGAUGGACGGGUGGACGAUCAGGCUACCUUCCGAGCUACUUCGUCUAUGCACUGGUCAUUAUUAUGGAUAGUGUCCUCCUCUGUUGCAUGCCCACUCUUCGGAUGCCCAAGCUAUCGGUCAACUUUUUCAAGGACAUCUCUGCUGCGUUCAUCAAUGUCGAAAUGGCCGUAUUCGCCUUCUGGACAUGCGCCUUCGGGGCCUGUAUUUCAAUCGCCAUGUCGUACAACACGUGGUUUUUGGAGGACAUAGGAGCCUCUAAACUGAUAAUUGGAUUAAUAUCAGCAGUCAGUUGCAUUUGCGUAGAACUGCCCUUCUUUUCCGCGUCCGCUUGGAUUCUGAAACAAACGCGGUAUUAUCCCUCGUAUAUAUUGACGUUCUUGAUCUUCGGUGUGAGGUACAUUGGCACUGCCUUUCUCUACAACCCGUGGUUCGCGCUACUCGUCGAACCCGUCAUCGGGGCUGCAGUUCCACUCGGGGUACCCGCCAUGACUGUGUUCGCUAAAGAGGUGGCGCCGGAAGGUACCGCGGCAUCCGUCUUGUGCAUCCUCAACAUUUGCUACGAAGCCAUUGCCCGGGGCCGCACAAUGUCAUGCGGGUCUGCAAUUGGUCGGAAAAACGGUAUCUCCGAAGAGACCAUAGCCUACAUUCUGACGGUCACAACUCUACUCAACAUUUUGUGGAAGCCUCUGAUGGGGUACAAUUUUGACCGGACGCAAAACGUAAUCAAGGUCUUGCUGACGUUCUAA